AUGGUCCCAAAAUUUCGUGAUUCCUCUAGUCUUAAAAAAUUACGGUUAAUGUCGUUACCACCGAAGAAGCAAUAUGGUUUCAGAGUUUUCGUAUGUUCCUGUAUUUUUACGACUGUGACGAUAGCGCUUGUUUUGUGGGAUGAACGACGGCAACGCGAGAGGCGACAAGAAGGAGUGAAGAAGGAAAGAACGAGCGUGUUCGGGUCAACUAUGCUAAUCACAACGGGUUUGAUGGGGGGUCGUGGAACUGUUCGGUUAAUUGCAGCCAAGCCGACAAUGGAUUUGCUGAGGUUCGCUGGUUCAUUUCCAUUGAUUAACAACAAAUGGAAACCAGAUACCGUCUAUCUCUACCAAUUUCCACGUUCACCAGUUCUGCCCAAUCUUUCUCCUUUCUGUCUUAAGGUGGAAACGUUUUUACGAGUGAAUGGCAUCAAGUAUGAGGUCAUAGGGACAUUUCGCAAAUAUCGCUCAUCACGUGGUCUAUUACCAUUCAUUGAACUAAACGGCAAAAGGAUUGAAGACUCUCAAGUGAUCAUUUGGGAACUGCAAAAACAUUUCAAACUUGAGGAUGGGCUUACUGGCUCAGAACGUGGAACCGCACGUGCCUUAGAGCGUAUGGUUGAUGUUAGCACAUUCUACGCAAUGUUGUACGAUAAGUCGGUGAUAAAUGCACCAGCAUUUAUGAGUCGAGCGGUGACUGGUAUACCGUUGCCGGCGUUUCUUUCGAAUUGGUUGGCCAAAAGGUUCUCGGAGACGAUCAGAAAGCGGGUCAAUGGUGUUUUGGGUGGACUUCCAAGAGAAGACCUAAAGGAAUUAUUACGGCGGGAUAUUCGAGCGAUAGAUGAUAUUCUUCAAGACAAGAAAUUCUUGUUUGGUGGCAAAAUGACUGUGACAGACUGCGCUGUAUUUGGUCAACUUUCAACUACGUUUUUUCUUCCAUAUCGACAACUGAUCACGGAUCUGCUCGAAGAUGAAUUCCCUCGUGUUCGACAUUAUUUGCAAAGGAUCCGCCGACACUAUUAUCCUGAAUGGAAGGAUGAGUAA